AUGAAAGAAAAUAUAGUUGUCAAGUGUGAAACGGCGGAAGAAAAGGUUGAUUUUCCCGCUGCCACCGCGAACGGAUGUGAAAUCAAAGAAAAUUUCAACAGCAACAAUUCGGUCGUCGAUGGUAGUGGUAGUAGUAGUGGUGGUAGUAGUGGUGGUAGUAGUACGGAACCUGAAAAUUCGAUUGAUGUCGAAAUGAUUUCGGAUACCAAAAAAAAAAAUAGUGGCGAAUCGAACAAUAACGAUUUAAACGAUGAAAAAAUUAAAAACAAAGUUAACGGGAGUGACGAAAUAAUAGAAGAAGAAGAAGAAGAAAUCGAAAAUGUCGAAACGACGUCUAAAAUAGAAAAUGAAAAAUUAUGUGAUACUAUUAUAGAUUUAGAAAAUGAUUUGACCGCGUCGUCGGACAAAAGUUCAGAGGUGGUGAUGAAGUUAAAUAAUGAAAACUCGCGCGAAGACGAAGUGAAAAAUGAUGAAAGGACGUCGAAAAAAGAUGGCGACGAAAACAAAGAAAAUGAAAAGAUUGAAAAAAAUAACGAAUCCGAAAUCGUUCAAAUAAAAGACAAUCAUACCGUUUCGAAUGAAAGUUCGACAAUGAAAAAGAAUAAUGAGAUGUUGACGGAAGAAGAUGACGUGGCGGAGGUGAUAGAGUGCGAUGCGAAAAAACCAAUAGUGAGUAAAGACGAUGUGAAAAAUAGGACAACUGAACAAAUUGAAAAAGAAAAUUCUGAAAAAGAGAAGACCAAAGAAAAGACUGAAACGGAUCAAAAGGUUCGUUUUAAUUUACGGAAAAGAUCACGGUUGAAUAGUUACGUUAGUUCAAAGAAGAAAAAAACGGGAGGAGGAGGAGGAGGAGAGUGCGUUCAGGAACGAGCGGAAACGGAUGAAAAUUCUAGUCUUGGCACCAAUGAAAAAUCUCAUUCACGGAUUUCCUCCGAUGAAACAAAAAAUAUUAAUAAUGAUAUUGAUAUAAAUAAUCAUAGCGAUUCAUUCCACUUGAAAAAUGUUAAAAAACAAAAAAUUGAUAAUCGAGAAAAAGAGACUGUACUACCAUCAUCGUUUUUAAACACACUGAGAGGUACUUUGAAAAAUUUAACACGGAACGAUUUAGAAGAAUUAAUUGUUCAGAAAUUAUGCGAGGUCAUAACCGAAAGGAGCGUCGUUGGAGAAUUACGUCGAAGAACGCAAGUUUUGGAAGAAGAUCAAGAAAAGUGGAAAGCGAAAGCACAAUCACUGACUAAACAAAUCAAAGAAAUGGAAAUGAUAAUGAGAAAGUAUUUAAACGAAGUACAAAAACAAACAAAAGCAGGUUCCGACCAUCAACUCAUCGUACCUCUUCGCGUGACCAGGUCCGUCGGGUUACAGGUUUCAUUUUUAUCAAAUUCAAACAAAGUAUCAUCCAAAGGGACAAAUGCUGCAGGAGCAGGAACUAAUCUUACCGACGGUGGAAUCAGCGAAAUGUCUCCCAAUUUAAUUAAUAAUAAUAAUAAUAAUAAUAAUAAUAAUAGUAAUAGUAAAAAUUCAAGGUUAACUCCGCAGAAAGUUCAACAAAAGAAUAAACCGGGAUCGUCGACUCAGGGAUUUUCCGCGUCUCCAUCGGCCGUGACCACGCCGACGCAGUAUAAAAAAAAAUCAAACGUUUCAAGAUCGGAAAUAAAUUCAUCUUUGCAAACUUUACUUCAGAGUCAACAAAAUAAUAAUAAUUCAAAAAUAAUAGAUCUUACGGAGGAUGAUGAUCGACAGGUUCCGCCAUUUGUGGAUGCUUCGGGACUCGUUAAAGUAGUAAAUUAUCCUCUUCGGCCUCAGGUACCUCCGAACAAUAAUAGGUACACGUACAUUUUACCUAAUUCGAAUAUUACGCCGACGGUCGUUUCCGCUCCGCAAAAUCGUCAAGUCCUUUUGGCCGCUUCCGCAGUAUGUCCUCCACAAUCGAAUAAUCGUCAGAUAAUGUCCAUGCCGCCGCUGUUGUUCAAAGGCGGAACCGCUCAACAACAACAACCACCACCGCCACCAGGAUAUCAACCUUCGGUUUUAAAUCAAUCAAAUCACGUGAUUCCAGCGAAACUACUAAAGCAUCCAGCUCCGCUGCCGCAACAGCCGACGGUUACUAAUUCAAAAUCGAAUUCUAAAUUAUUACCUCCUAGGCCGGCAUUAAAGAUAUCAAGAGUUCAAUCGGGCAUAGUACUUUCUUGGAACAUGUCUCUCGGUCCGGAACACGCAGCCAUAUCUAGUUAUCAAUUGUACGCUUAUCAAGAAGGUAGUUCUCCUCCUGCCACGUCACUUUGGAAAAAAGUCGGCGACGUGAAAGCAUUACCCUUGCCGAUGGCUUGCACGCUGACGCAAUUCACGUCGGGUCAUAAAUAUCAUUUUGCCGUUCGCGCCGUCGAUCAACAUUCCCGAGUGGGACCCUUUAGUCUUCCGGGUACCAUUGCUCUCGUCAAGUGA